UCAUGGGACUGUAUGUUUAUGAGUAUCACGGACACACAGACGAGUAUUACGGUUAAUGCAAGUUUCCCCAUCCAGGGGGCAGUAGACAUCCCCGUCCUUAUCCAGGGGACGGCCGUCUUUCCGCACCCACUUAGACAUCUCCUGCGCCCACUCCACCAUAGUCGUCACCUCCGCCCUCACGAUAGCGUGGACGCCUUGCCCCUCCGCCAGCUCACUCUGGAGCGACUGCCCUCUCAGCACCGGGUUGGCCAGCAUGGACGCCCCCCACUUCAGGCUGGGCCGCCCUAUCCAGAUGGCCUCGGUCUCGCCCUCACCAACCAACACGCCCUCAGCCACCAGCUCCUUCUUGAGGUUGGCGUAUGCCGCCCGGAUGCGAUUGAGCUUGGCUGAGGGAUUGCGGGGGUUGAGGUUCAUGGUCUUCUUGUACAUGGUGAUGGCUGAGGGGUCCGCCGCCUUCUUCUCGCCAUCCUCCUCGGCCGCUGCGACCAUGGCCAGCACCAUCUCUGGUGGGCGCAAGUAGCACGUGGCGUUGUGUGUCUGGUCGGCGGCUUUUCGACGGGCCUCGCGGAGGUGCAUGAGGGUGCUGUUGGGGCCCAUGAAGGGGGGAGGGGCGAGGGGGGAGGGCUGCACCUUGACCAUGUCUGCCAUGUCGAUGAAGCGGACGGACUCCUCCACCGCGGCGGAUGUGGGGGCGGGCAGGGGCGUCUGCUGCGAUGGUGCUGUGGAGAGCUGCAGGGCCGACCUCUUCAGGAAGAUGUUCCUCAUGAAGUGGUCCAUGAGCAGGAGGCCCCGCUCAGCGGCGCAGAGGUAGCCUUUGGUGAGGAGAGCGAGGGCGUCGGUUAUGACCAACAGGUCACGUGCGAUAGCCCUUCUCUCCUCGGCCGUGCUGCCGUCUGUAGCUGCAUCCACGAUGGUGUGGAGGUUGUGCGGCGGGGCGCCGGCGCGCGCCUCGUUGUCGUAUGUCAGCAGAAGACCCGACUGCUCCACCCACUCCUCAGCUGUAGCCACACAGACAAUACAUCCCACCACAGCAAAAGAAGAUUGAGAGAACGAAUGGACCUGUGUGUGCCUGUCUUGCAUUCAUUCAAUUCGGCUGACCUGCCAUGAGAGGCAUGCCGAUUGCCACGCACUUCGUUUCUGUCCCGUCCUUACGAAACGUCGGACAGUGCGUGGGAUCAGCGUCCUCAAACAGCAGAGGCAGGAAGGGCGGGCUCCCCUGUGGCGGCUCACCGCCGACCUCCCUCAUCCUCCGCGCCUCUCGCUGGAGGUCCUCCGCCAAGCUCUGCAGCGGAGCCCGGCCCUCCUUGGCGACCUUGACCACGCCGUCUAUGUGGCCGUCUGAGGUGGGAAUGAGGGUGCGCAGGGCCUCGGUGCGGCCGCUACUGCCGACUUUGGCCGCCUCAUAAUCAUCCCACUCAAAGUGCUGCCCGGUCGUCAGGCUCAGCCUGCUCAU